GAGGACGGGGAGAGAAGAGGAAGGAGGCUCCGGGAGCAAGCGAGACAAAAAGGGUCAGGCCUGGGACUUGGGAAAACCGGGAGAGCAGGAAGAAGAGGGGAUCAUCCGUCAUUGCUUUAUUUUCUUUUAAACUUUUCAACUUCCUUUUAACGUGAAACGUCCAUAUCUACACUACCCAUCAUCAGACAUUACCCAUAAGCUCAUAAGACUCUCAAUGAUGCCGUCCAACACUCUCACCAACACCACCACCACUGCUGAUUCACCUGGAAACCCAAUGGGUGAGAGAACAAUACUGGACUCGGACCUGAUGGAGGAGAAGUCACCUAAAAGUAGCAAGCCUGGAAGAAAACGCAAGCAGUUUUCAGUUGAGAGCUGUGGCUCUCUUAAAGACAGUGCGAGUGUAGGCCACAGCUACACUAUGGCAAUGGCACAGGUCUUCAAUGGGGACAUGGGCGGGAUCAGAGACAGGAUGCCCGAUGCCUGCUUCCCAAAACAGGAGAAGCGGGAAGUCGAGAAUGGGAUUCCCAGAGACCCUUCCUCCUGCCGUGCGGAGGACAGCUCUCAGGGCCAGAGUCUGAGUCAUCCUCAAGAGAACGGAUUCCUGUCCAGCCAGGAAGAACAGGACUUGGAAAAAGCCAAUGAUGACUGCCUGAUGACGCCGCGCAAGAAACGAGGGAGGCGGAAACUGGAGCGCCCAACUAAAUAUGUGGAGCACAAGGAGGAGGAUGGGAGUGAUGCGUUAAAGACUGAGGGAGGUCGAGGCAGGCUGCGAGGGGGAGUUGGUUGGGAGAUCAGCCUUCGUCAGAGGCCCAUGCCCAGAAUAACCUUCCAGGCUGGUGACCCUUAUUACAUUAGCAAGCGGACCAGAGAGGAGUUGCUGGCCAAGUGGAAGAUGGAGGCAGAGAAAAAGGCCAAACAGAUGUCAGCAAUGAACGCGAUGAAGGAUCACGAGGAUAAUGAAACAGAGACCCGGAAUGAAGAGGUCUCAAUAAUCAAACACCCACAGCCUUCAAAGCAGCAGCAGCAGCCGCAGCAGCAGCUGCAGCCGCAGCCGCACACUAAGUCUCAGUCACAGCCUCAGUAUCAACAGCAAUCACCGCUGGUGCUGCCACAGCAACAGCAACAACUGCAACAUCAGCAGCCACCUCAGCAGCAGCAACAGCAGCAACAGCCUACUGACCCAGCUUCCCCCACUGUGGCCACGACCCCUGAGCCUGUCGCCAUCGAAGGAGAAGACAAGACAUCCCCCAAGUCUCCAGACACUGAGUCUGAGUAUGAGGACGGUCGUGGUUUUGGCAUCGGCGAGCUGGUUUGGGGGAAGCUCCGAGGAUUCUCUUGGUGGCCAGGCCGCAUCGUAUCCUGGUGGAUGACGGGACGUAGCAGAGCUGCUGAGGGAACCAGAUGGGUCAUGUGGUUUGGAGAUGGAAAAUUCUCAGUGGUUUGUGUAGAGAAACUAUUGCCUUUAAGUUCCUUUAACAAUGCCUUUCACCAACCAACUUACAACAAGCAGCCCAUGUACAGGAAAGCCAUCUACGAAGUCUUACAGGUGGCUAGCAGCCGGGCAGGAAAAGCCUUCAUGGCCUGCCCUGACAGUGAUGAGACAGAGACCUCAAAAUCCGUGGAAAUGUUAAACAAGCAGAUGAUUGAGUGGGCUAUGACAGGAUUUCAGCCCACUGGACCCAAAGGCUUGGAGCCACCAGAAGAGGAGCGUAACCCAUACAAAGAAGUUUAUCCUGAAAUAUGGGUAGAGCCAGAAGCAGCAGCCUAUACACCUCCUCCAGCCAAAAAGCCUCGCAAAAGCACAGCAGAGAAACCUAAGGUCAAGGACAUCAUUGAUGAGAGAACACGAGAGCGACUUGUUUAUGAAGUGAGACAAAAGUGCCGCAGCUUAGAGGACAUCUGUAUCUCCUGUGGAAGUCUGAAUGUUAGCCUUGAGCACCCUCUUUUUGCUGGAGGAAUGUGUCAGAGUUGCAAGAACUGCUUCCUAGAAUGUGCUUAUCAAUACGACGACGAUGGCUACCAGUCAUACUGCACUAUCUGCUGCGGGGGACGAGAGGUGCUCAUGUGUGGGAACAACAAUUGUUGUCGGUGCUUCUGUGUGGAGUGCGUGGACCUUCUUGUUGGUCAAGGAGCCGCUCACGCUGCCAUCAAAGAAGACCCAUGGAACUGCUACAUGUGCGGUCAGAAGGGCGUGUUUGGUCUGCUGGAGCGUCGUAGCGAUUGGCCCAGCCGUCUCCAGCUCUUCUUUGCAAAUAAUCACGAUCAAGAUUUUGAUCCACCAAAGCUUUACCCCCCAGUCAUGGCGGAGAAGAGGAAGCCCAUUCGUGUCCUGUCACUAUUUGAUGGCAUAGCCACAGGACUGCUGGUGCUCAAAGAACUUGGCAUCCAAGUGGGUCGCUACGUAGCUUCUGAAGUGUGUGAAGACUCCAUCACUGUGGGUAUCGUCCGGCAUGAGGGUCGCAUCAUGUACGUUGGAGACGUGCGGAACAUCACGCGCAAACAUAUAAACGAGUGGGGUCCUUUUGAUCUAGUUAUAGGUGGAAGCCCAUGCAAUGACCUCUCAAUAGUCAAUCCUGCAAGGAAGGGUCUUUAUGAGGGCACCGGACGCCUGUUCUUUGAGUUUUACCGACUGCUCCAUGAGGCUCGGCCGAAGCAGGGGGAAGACAGGCCUUUCUUCUGGCUCUUUGAAAAUGUGGUUGCUAUGGGUGUCAGUGACAAGAGGGACAUAUCUCGCUUUUUAGAGUGUAACCCAGUGAUGAUCGAUGCCAAGGAAGUGUCAGCUGCCCACCGUGCCCGUUACUUCUGGGGUAACCUUCCUGGCAUGAACAGGUUGGUGUAUGAAUGGCCUUUGACUGCCAUGUGCACUGAUAGGCUGGAACUCCAGGACUGUUUAGAACAUGGCAGAACGGCCAAGUUUGGCAAGGUGAGGACUAUCACUACCAGGUCUAAUUCCAUCAAGCAGGGCAAGGACCAGCACUUCCCAGUCUACAUGAAUGAGAAGGAAGACAUACUGUGGUGCACUGAGAUGGAGAGGGUCUUUGGUUUUCCAGUCCACUAUACAGACGUAUCCAACAUGAGCCGACUGGCGAGGCAGAGGCUGCUGGGCAGAUCAUGGAGCGUCCCAGUUAUCCGCCACCUGUUUGCACCACUCAAAGAUUACUUUGCCUGUGACUGAGCAGUCAGAAAAUUAGCUCAGAACCAUUUAGUA